AUGCCUCGCCUCUUCCCAUCUAACCCCGAGGAGGUGAUGGUGAUCCGAAAUGUCACUUCCGACAUCAUCACGAUGAGCUUACCAUUCGCCCGGUUUGGGUGGUUGAAAUUCGGCGGACGAGGAACACUGGUUAAACUCCCCUCCGGCUCCCUCGCCGUUUUCUCGCCCGUCACCCUCACCCCGCAAGUCCGCGACAUGGUCUCGCAGAUGGGCCGGGUGAAGUACAUUGCGGCGCUGGACAUGGAGCACCACAUCCACCUGACCUCAUGGAAGGACGCGUACCCGGAAGCCGAGAUCAUUGCGCCCGAGGGUCUUUGGGAGAAGCGCCAGUCCAGCGCGGCGGACAAGAACACGGCGUUCGCGCACAUCUUCCGGAAAGACGACGCGCGGCAGAAGAUAUCAGAGGAAUUCGACGCCGAGUUCGAGACCGAGUACGUGUACGGGCAUCCGUCGCGGGAGCUGGUUUUCCUGCAUAAGCGGUCGCGCACCCUCAUCGAGGCGGAUCUGCUGUUCAACUUGCCGGCGCGAGAGCAGUACUCGCGGACGCCGGACGGGGCGACCUCCGGGAUCCUUGCGAAGAUCUUGAAUCCGUUCAUGUCUGCGGAGCCGCCGGCGACGUGGCAGAAGAGGUUUGUGUGGUAUGUUCUGUCGAGGGGGGAUCGGAAGGCGUUCACGGAGUCGAUGAGGAGGAUCGAUAAGUGGGAUUUUAAUCGGUUGAUUCCAUGCCAUGGGGAUAUCAUCGAGAGUGGUGCGAAGGGGGUGUUUCGGACGGUGAUGGAGUGGUUCCUGGAUAAUGGGGAUUUAAGGGCAGACUGA